AACUGCAGAGAGGCAAUAAAUACAACUGGGAUAGGUUACUCGAACAGCGUAUGUGUAACUUAAGCUACUGUGCGCUUACGCCUCACAAUAGAAUAUAUAGAUACAGUCUUGUUUACAACACAUCUACUUAAUGACACUACAGAUAUUGCUUUGUUUCAUCUUCAUUAUCAGUGAAGUACCAGUGGAUACAGUUAGUUUAGCAUCAUGUAGCGCUGGCUGGUUCGGCUCUAGCUGUCAGUACAAAUGUCACUGUGUCAACAACCAAUGUGAUGUUGACGGAAAGUGUACAGGAGGGUCUACAUGUGUUAGGGGAUGGUUUGGUCCUCUAUGUCAAUAUCAGGAUUUAGCACGAUUGAAUGCAACUACAUUACACGCCACCCUAACAGAUGGAGACGAUGCCACAUGUUCGAGUGUUUUAACAUUUAGCCUGACUUGGCUAAUAAAUUACCAGGUUACGUGGUUCAGAAUAGUCACACAACAGUCAAAUUCAUUACAGAACAUGCAACUGAUUCUAAAUAAAACAAUCAUCCCAACUACACAUCUGAUUAAAGUUACUGACAGAGUCACUGACAUCCUCUGUCAGACAGAAAUCCUUGCCACAGAUGUAAGCCUAAACUUCGGAUCAACGGUAGCACUUUGUUCUGUUUACAUUAGUGGAGGUAGAAACGUUGCUCUAAAACAAAACACCAGCCAGUCAAGUGAUUAUACUGAAGCUGGUGUAGUGCGCUACUCAUUUAUGGCUGUGGAUGGAAACACAAGUGGGAACUUUUCACACAUCACGUGUACACAUACAGCAGAACACCAGCCAGGCUCAUGGAGAGUUAUAUUUUCAAGUACAAAAAGUGUCAACAGAUACCUGCUUUAUAACAAAAACACAGAGCGUCAACGACUAAAAGGAUUCGUGCUGAACAGUUACAACAACGCUGGGACAAAACUUUUUGAGUACAGGGAUACGAGUUCUAACGACAAUGUACCAAUCUACACAAUAUCGUCAAGCUCGCAUGGUCCGGUGUCAUACGUAAAUAUAUCUGUAAGAGAUAUUCUAACUCUAUGUGAGGUCGAGAUAUACGGAGAUAACGUGUGCAACACAAGAAAUUACGGCCUAGAAUGUACCAAGACCUGCAACUGUAACGACCCAACUGAGACAUGUUUUGUAGCUACAGGUGGAUGUCGGUCUGGUUGUGCUGCUGGAUAUCAAGGGGAGGGGUGCAUACAGCUUUGUGACGCUAUAUCUUACGGACAUAACUGUGAAAAAAAAUGUAGCACGAACUGUUUACAUGGAUCUUGCGACGUUGUCAACGGAUAUUGUCCGAGCUGUUUACCUGGAAAACAAGGUGUAUUUUGUGAUAUAGACUGUAACCCCACGUACUUCGGAACCAACUGCACGCAGAGAUGUAGUCCCAACUGUACUAACAGUCUGUGUGACAAUGUGAAUGGUGCUUGUAAAAGUUGUGUUGAUGGAAAGCAAGGGCCAUUUUGUGAAGAAAAAUGUAACGCUACGUACUAUGGAACUAACUGCUCACAGAGAUGUAGUUCCAACUGUCUAGACAGUCUGUGUGACAAUGUGAAUGGUGCUUGUAAAAGUUGUGUUGAUGGCAGACAGGGGACGUUUUGUGAACAAAACUGUAACCCCACGUACUUCGGAACCAACUGCACGCAGAGAUGUAGUCCCAACUGUACUAACAGUCUGUGUGACAAUGUGAAUGGUGCUUGUAAAAGUUGUGUUGAUGGAAAGCAAGGGCCAUUUUGUGAAGAAAAAUGUAACGCUACGUACUAUGGAACUAACUGCUCACAGAGAUGUAGUUCCAACUGUCUAGACAGUCUGUGUGACAAUGUGAAUGGUGCUUGUAAAAGUUGUGUUGAUGGCAGACAGGGGACGUUUUGUGAACAAAACUGUAACGAGACGUACUAUGGAACUAACUGCUCACAGAAAUGUAGUUCCAACUGUCUAGAUAGUCUGUGUGACAAUGUGAAUGGUGCUUGUAAAAGUUGUGUUGAUGGAAUACAGGGGACGUUUUGUGAACAAAAUUGUAACGCAACAUAUUAUGGAGUGCAUUGUGCAAGUAAAUGUAGCACCAACUGCACCGAUCAAUUUUGUAACAACUUUAACGGUUCUUGUCUCAACUGCAUCGAAGGAAAGCAAGGGGAAUUUUGUAAUACAGACUGCGAUGCAGGCCAUUAUGGUCCCAGCUGUUUAAACAAAUGCUCUUCACUGUGUCUUGAUUCAAAAUGUGACGCUGUUAAUGGACACUGUUUCAGAUGUAAAGAUAAUUCUUCUGGGAAAUUUUGUGAAAAAGAAAAUGUCAAUGGAUACAACAAUGGAUACAUUAAAGGAUUAGGACACGGUGUGGGUAUUGGCAUUGGCGGCAUGUGUAUCAUCGUUCUGAUCGUCACGGCUGUUGCUUGUGUUAUCCGCAGAUAUAAAGGAGAUAAAAGUGAAGAAAGUAAAAAUAGAAACGAUGUAUAUGACCAGCCUGUCGAAUUACAACAUACACAUUUAUCAGCUAAUUCAAUUACAGAGCCAGAACAACGAACAAUCUAUAACAACAUCGACGAUCUUAUGGCCGGAACAAAUACAGAAAACAAAAGCCAAGAUUCUACGUAUAAUACAUUAAAUGAUGAGUACAAUGAUGUAUCAAGAUAUAUGUCAUUUUCAUCUACCUAAGUCGAACAUACUUGAGUCCACUACAAUUUAAUUAAUUACUUGUACUAUCACACAUGGUUGUAAAUAUAUGACUUAAAGAUUUAAGGAAUGUUAUUUGGCCGUGAAAUGUGUUUUGUUUAAGAUAUGU